AUGACAUCAGAGAAUUCCGGCUUGGUUCUCUCCCAGAGCACCUGUCUAAAGAACGUUUCCGUCCCAAGCAACAACGUCUCCAUCCUCGAACAUACAUUGUUUAUCCUCGAAAGAAACAUCUCCAUCCUUGAAAACAAAUUGUUCGUCCUGGAAAGCAACCUCUCGGUCAUGAGCACCGAUCUCUCUGACCAGCAUCACACGCAAACCGAUCUCCGUCAGAACUUCUGUCACCUCGAACUGAAGUGUAGAACUCUCAACGAAACCAAGGCUAAAAUCUGCCAGAUGCUGAGCAGCAGAAAAGAGAAAGCGUGUUCCAAGGACUGGAUCAGAAAUGAAGACCUGUGUUAUUUCAUUUCCACGUUUGAAAGUUCUUACGAGGGGGCGAAGCAGCUCUGUUCUAUCUCUGAAUCAAAGUUUCUUGAAAUAAAUACAUACGAGGAAGAGAAGUUUGUUAACAACGCUGUCCUCGGUGAAGACAGUUCAUACUGGAUUGGAACAUGCAAAGCGGGGAAAGUGGCCUCUAACGUCGUGUACAAGGUGACCUCUGGAAAGUUCGAAUGCAGUGAAUGUAAAUCCGGUUGGCUUGGCAGUUGCAAAAGUGAUCAACACCGUUUCAUCUGUGAGAAGCCUGCAGCUUUGGUCCCGGAUAUUCCUGAAAAGAUCCGGGUUCUCUGUCGAAAUGCCAUGGAGGGGACUUAA